AAGAAAAGAGAAAAUGCGCGCGAGCACAGCCGUAGUACAGCCUGUGAUGUUACAUGGUGCCUUGUCUGCAAAAGGCUGUUUUUGUUCAAGCGUGUUUUUUCUAUUACUCCAGCUGUUACCAUAAAUGGUAAGAGUUUAUGGGAAUACAUUGUGUUUGUUAGGUUGUGUAAGAGAGUGAGAGGGUGAAAACAGACGAUGUGCACGCUGAGUGAAACCAUAGAGGGAAACCAGGAAGCCCAGAAAUAAACAUACUCGACAUGGGACUGUUGACAUAUAAAUACUUUUGUCAGGUGGUUUUAUAAUGUAAAAAAAUAACAAACCUAUGAAUUUGUAUUGUAUUUUAGUUUUUUUGCAAGGUAUUCAUACAUAUUUUGUCAGUGGCAGACAAUAGAGGCUGUGUUUUAAACAACUUAUAUCACCUAAGAAUUACAGUUUACGAAUUUCCGCAAAACAAACUAACAAACUACUGGAGGGACGUGCUACAGUGGCCCUGAAAAGUGUCAAAUAAAUGAGCUGACAUUCAGUCAUGGCUGAGGAACCAGCAGCAGAAAUCCAGCUACUCAGAAGUCAGAAGGUCAAGCUAAUAGAAAUUCUAAGUGCAGAUGCCGACUUCGUCCUGCAGCAUGCAGACUCUCGCUUUCUGCUGUCUCCUCACGGGUACCAGCAGGUGAAAGCUUGCCGUAUUCCUAGUGAGAAGGUGACAGACCUGCUGGAUUGUAUCAUCCAGAGAGGGCCUGAAGCAGCACAGGGUCUGCUGGAACUACUGAACGACCAGGCCGUGCAGGAAACCUUCCCAGGGCUUCGCUUCCUCAAUGAACUGCAAGUCAACACACUGCCUUCAGAAAAAAAAGAAAUGUCAAGAAAGAGAAAAAUAGCUCCUGAUUUACAAGAGACCAUUUCAUCCAAACAGACCUGCAACAAUGGCUCUGGAUUAGUUAAAGAGAAGCAGCUGAUGACCGUGGCUUGUACCAUUGGCAAAUCUUGGAGGGAGAUUGGCAGACUGGCUCUUGACAUCCCCUCUGUGAAGCUGGAAGAGAUUGAAGAGGACCAUUCACUCCACAAGGAGCGAGUAUUUGCCAUGCUGCGCUACUGGCGUACCAGCCAGAGGGACAAAGCCACUGCUGCUCACCUGCACUCCCUGCUCAGUCAGAAAGACUGGGCGCUGCCACUUGAAAGCAUUGACUUUCUGUUGGAGACUGACUGACUCUUUCACUGUCGGGUACUUACUGAGACUGAAAGCCUUUUCGAAGGGUAUUUCCACUGGAAAUAAAACAACACUUGAAGACUUUACUAUUAUGGAAUUACCCCACAGUACCAUUUACUACCACUUAGGCCUCUUGUUCAAAGUCAAUGAUCAACUUAUACUACUUUUAUAUGACCUUUUUUAUAUUACAAGAAUAUUAAAAAAAGUUUAGUUUUAUGAAAUUUCUUUGAAAGAUGUGUUUUUAUUUUCUGUUGAUAGUGUCUGUGGUAUUGAUUUUUUACGGAGAAAUUAUGAAAAUUACUGAGUAGUGCAUAUUUCAUUUUAAUGUAAAUACACUGGGGCAUUUUAAGAGGAGGGUGAAAUCAUUGGUCCAUAUUCUUAUGUUUUCACAUUUUGCUCAACAUUUAAUAAAUGUUCAGCUUGUUGGGAGAAAAUGUAAUUAUCUCUGAAAGUGUAAAUGAUGAACAGUUAUGCUAACAUGUUCCAUAUUGGUCGACAUAUCUUGGUCUUUUAGAUUAAAUGUACCUCACAUCUCAGUCUGAUGAGAUAGUGACUCUUGACGUCAUGUAAAGGAGGGCAGGCAAGCAAUGCCCAUGUUCCAUAACCACUGAAUAAACUCAUCAUACCACA